AUGUCAAAAGUUGGGGAGACUAUUUCUGUCUACGCUUCUCGACUUACAUCCUCCACCCUUCUAGAAGACCGGCGAGCAGCAUGUUUAGGCCUUCGCAGUUUCGCAAAAGACUAUCCUGCAUCUGUGGCAUCUGAGGCUCUACGAGGACUAAUUGCAAGCCUACGCAAAGAUGGAGAGGAUGUUGACUCCAUCAAAGUCGUCCUCGAGACUCUUCUAUUCCUUUUCAAUCCGAACCAGAACAGUGCUGAAGCAUCAGAGGAACUUGCAUAUUUCAUAGCGGACGAAUUCACCACACGGCAAGAUAAUAUUACAUUACUUUUGGAUUUUCUGGAUACCAAUGAUUUCUAUUCGCGUCUAUAUUCGUUGCAACUCCUAUCGGUAAUUCUGUCGUCUCGAACGGAGAGAACUGAAGAAUGUAUAUUCACGGCACCUUUGGGUAUAUCAAGACUCGUGGCUAUAUUAGAUGAUCGGAGGGAGGUAAUAAGAAAUGAAGGGCUUUCCCUGUUGACCUACUUGACGCCAAGCUCCUCGGAAUUGCAAAAACUGGUCGCCUUCGAGAACGCUUUUGAUCGCAUUUUCAAUAUAAUAAAGCUCGAAGGCUCUCUUCUGGACGGCGAUAGAAUAGUAGAAGAUUGUUUGAUCCUUCUCGCGAACCUUUUGCGGCUCAACGUUUCGAAUCAGUCUUUCUUCCGCGAGACAGGCUGUAUUCCUAAACUAUCGAAGCUAUUGAAUGAUGCAUUAGGUGCUGGGAAUGAGGUCGAGGAGGUUGCCGAAUGGGCUAAAGCUCAGCGAAAUAGAAACAUAUACGCUCUACUUGCAGUACUACGGCUGUUUCUAAUAACAGGAGGAGCAGGAACCCAAGCAAACCAGGCUUCUUUUGCGCAACAUGGUAUUCUUAGUCAAGUAUUACAAUUAGCAUUCAGUCGAUAUACGGAAGUUCAGAUAAAAGCUGAGGCUCUCUCAACGUGCGCGGAUAUGAUCCGAGGCAAUCCAGCCCUUCAAGAGAAUUUCGCUCAACAACAAGUUACCUCGGUGCUUGAUGAACCUUUAGCCGAUAGUAAUGGUCAACCUGAACGCCAUGUUAUCCCAAAGGUCUACGUAAUUGAUGGCUUACUUGAUUUGACAUUGAGUAUACCUACGUUGUCAGCUUUCGAUUCCCGCGCUGCUGCUUGUGAAUGUAUAAAGGCUUAUUUUUACAAUCACCCAGCCAUUCGCAAACAUUUUCUCCGCCGAGCCAUAGAUGGUCAUGUUUCCGGGGCCGAUGAGACAGCGAAUGUGUUGACAACACUUCUUCAACCUCUGGACAGUCAUAUAUCAAGCGAUCCGUACCGUUACUGGUUUGCCUCUGUUCUUCUGUUCCAUUUAAUAUUCGAAGAUGCUGAGGCGAAAAGUAUGGCGAUGGGCGUCGCCGAGGGCGAUGCUGAAAAUGGAGAGGAGGUAAUAACUUGUAUUCAGUCUAUCACUGCCAAUUUAGUACUUGGUGUUCACAAAGCUGUGGACGAACGCGUCUUGGUUGCUUAUCUCAUGCUUCUUUGUGGGUGGCUAUUUGAGGACCCAGAUGCUGUAAAUGACUUCCUGGGCGAGGGCAGUAAUAUCCAAAGCCUGAUCCAAGCCACGCUAUACACGGGCGGUGAUGGUGUAAUGGUACAAGGCCUCUGCGCUGUCCUACUUGGAAUUGUAUAUGAGUUCUCCACCAAAGACUCUCCAGUUCCCCGAGCAACCAUCCAUCCAAUUCUUAACUCAAAGCUAGGUAGAGAUCAAUAUAUAGAUCGACUUACCAAGCUAAGGGCCCACCCACUACUGCGAGACUUCGAGGUUCUUCCACAGAAGCUCAGCUCUGCUUCGCCUGGUGGCCUGCCUGAUGUGUUUUUCGACAAAUCAUUUGUGGACUUCAUGAAAGACAAUUUUAGUCGUUUAUUACGUGCCAUCGACCGAGAUCCUGGAUUCGAGGUUGCAGUUAUCGCAAAUGGCGUCCAAAAGGGAAUUUCCAGAGAGAUGGUAGACACUUUAAGAUCUGAGCUUGAUGAGAAGAGCAAAGCUUUGCUGAAGGCGGAAGAGGAGCUAGUAAUUCUUGGGGGGCAGCUAGGACAGGAACAAGCCGACCAUCGCAGAGCCAAAGAGACCGCGGUAGUAGAAGUUUCAAGGAUUAAAAACGUUAACGAGGCCCUUCAGAAGCACCAUGAAGAAGAUAUGAGAAGAAAAUUACGUACGGAGCAUGAUCGGGCAACUCAAGAUUAUCAGCGACAGUUAAAAGAAAUCCAAAAAGCAGCCGAAGUUGAUGUUGAACUUGUUCGAGCGGAAAAUGAUCGUACAAAACAAGAUCUUCAGCGGCGGCUAGAACAAGCUCAGAAGGUAGCGGAAGCUAAUGCUGAACGUGUACGGGAUGAACAUGAUCGGGCAGUUCAAGACUAUCAAAGACAACUGGAACAUGUUCAAAAGACUGCAGAGGCUAAUGCUGAACGUGUGCGGCGGCGAACAGAUGCAGAAAUCACAGAUCUUCAGAGUAAAAUUGAGCGAUUAGAAGCAGAUCUUGCAAUGUCAAACAAGAACCACGUCCAGGAUCUGCAAACUGCGCACGAUGAAUACAUGGCAAAUAAGGCUGACCAAGAUGCACGCUUGAAACUUGCGGAAGAGAAAGCUAAAGAAUUGGAGCAGAAAGUCACCGCCGCGCACGACAAAAUCGCUAAGGUGGAAGCGGAUUUGGUAGACAAGGAGACUGCAAGACAGGCUGCCCAAAGUGAACUUGAUGACCUACUUAUGGUUUUUGGCGACCUAGAGGAGAAAGUGAUAAAGUAUAAAGAACGUUUAAAGGCCCUCGGAGAGAACGUCUCGGAUGAUGAGGAUGAAGAUGACGAUGACGGCGACGGCGACGAAGGAGAAAAUGAGUCUGGCGUGGAUUGA